AUGCCGCAGUCAGUCAGGGAGGUUCAAGAGCACUGGAAAGAAUUUGCAUGUGGUGGAGGUUCUGCCUUUUGCAAUAUAUUGAUUAGCUAUCCACUGAAUAAGAUUAUAUUUAGACAGAUGAUGCAUGGAGUAGAAGCAACACUAGCCUUAAACCAAUUGCAGAAAGAAGGCUUGGGCUACUUAUAUCGUGGAAUGCUACCUCCACUACUGCAGAGGUCUUUGUCAAUGUCCCUUAUGUUUGGUGUAUAUGAUGAAUGUCUACAACCACUUUUGCAACAAAAAAUUAAUCCGUAUAUUGCCAAAUCUGUAGCUGGAGUUGUUGCCGGGUGUUUUGAGGCAACUCUGAUGCCAUUUGAAAGACUACAAACCCUGCUUAUUCAUCCUAAAUAUCAUAAAGAGUUUAAAAAUACUGCACAUGCAGCAAGUCAUAUUGCAAGGCAUUAUGAGUCACAACGACCUAAGUAUCGCGAAGACUACAGAUUCGAGAAAGCUUUUAAUUCCUUCUAUAAGCUGCACACUGCUACUGCGGAAUGGUCGAAAGCAUAUAUCCGUUGUGAAGCCGAAGGCUCUGAACUCAUGGUGCCCGAAACACUGGACGAAGCAGAUGCAAUGCCACUCCUCAUCGCCCCAACUCUUACAAACUAUGAUGGUGUCUACGUUGGCAUACAUGACUUGUAUUCAGAGAGAUGUUUUGUUACAUUAAAAGGUUGGAAACUGGGCAACAAUGGUUCUUGUUAUCUAACCCACACAGAGCCACAGACAUGGCAUGAGGCACAUGGCAGCUGCCUUUCUGCAGGCGGAUACCUUGCCAUACUAGACGACCGUGACGAAGCAGAGUACAUUCGUGAGCUAUUUAAGAAUGUAGACCAUGUGAAGACGCCAGGCGACUUCGCCUUCUUGGGAUUUAACGAUCUUUUUCAAAUGUAUCAUUUUAAGACUGUACAUGGUGAACGCAUAAACAAACUCCUCGACUGGGACUUGAAAUGCCCACAACUUGCUUCCAAUGAGACUAAAAGAGAACGUUGUGGUGGUAUCCGACGAAGCGGUCUCCUUGCUACUGAAAACUGUGAUAGUCCCGCAAUAUUUUUUUGCGAAAAACCCUCUAAAGGCGUUCACAAAUUUGGAGAUCUACGCCAAGGAAAGACAUAUUUACCAUAA